AUGGCGUUGCUAACGUAUUCCGGACAGACUUUCCUUCACUUCAAGUUCAAUAGUAGAGAAUUCGGGAACAAUACAGCCGUUAUAGAUCAUCUUCGCACAUUGAGACCCAUAAAAGGCACUACAUCUACAGACCUCGCUCUUCGGGACACUUUUGCUUUGUUAAAGUCGCACGAACCCAAUGACGGAACACGAGCAAAUGUCCCAAAAAUGGUAAUAAUUCUAACUGAUGGUCACUCAGCACGAUCACCCAAGGAAAUUGCUGACGCUAUGCGAGCAGAAGGAAUUACCAUAGUUGCUGUCAGUGUUACUCCAAGGCCAUAUGUGGAUGAAGCUGAACUGUUGGAGAUUGCUGGCGAUCAGUCCCGAGUCUUUAUCCCCCGGAACAUUCAUGAAUUCGAAACAGAGUUGAUGAAACAUGUUGGUUUCGGUUGCGAGGGACUUGAGCUUGGACCAGAUGCA